GGGGGCAGACCUCUUUUUGGAACUAACUCAUGAAGAACAAGGGAGGAAAGCCGAAACUCAAGAGGAAAGGAGCCACUAACAUCUUCGGCUGCGAUCUGACAGAAUAUCUGGAGAGCUCUGGACAAGAUGUCCCCCCAGUAUUGAAGAGUUGUGCAGAAUUCAUAGAAACUCAUGGAAUUGUGGAUGGGAUCUACCGGCUUUCUGGAGUGACAUCUAACAUCCAAAAACUGAGGCAAGAAUUUGGCUCAGACCCAUGCCCUGACUUGACAAGGGAAGUUUACCUUCAAGACAUUCACUGUGUGGGGUCACUCUGCAAGUUGUACUUCAGGGAGCUACCUAAUCCUCUUCUCACUUAUGAACUUUACAAGAAAUUCACGGAGGCCAUUUCAUGUUUCCCAGAGGAACAACAACUGGUUCAAAUUCAGAAUGCCAUCCAGGAACUUCCACCAUCUCAUUACAGGACUCUGGAAUACUUGAGCAAGCAUCUGACUCUUCUUGCAUCCUUCAGCAGCAUGACCAACAUGCACACCAGGAAUCUGGCUUUAGUGUGGGCACCUAAUCUCCUCAGGUCAAAGGAGAUUGAGGCUGUGGGCUGCAAUGGAGAUGCAGCUUUCCUGGAGGUGCGUGUCCAGCAGUUGGUUAUUGAAUUUAUAUUGAACCAUGUUGAUGAGAUCUUCAGUGAAAAUGCUACUGCCAGGCCAAAAGAAGAGAAUAACCCCAUAAUGAAGAGCUUGACACUGCCUCCUUCUGCCUCUCUGCCAAUGAAGUUGGUGAGCCUGGAAGAAGCGCAGGCCCGGAGCCUCUCAGCUUGCCACCCUGCCCGGAAAGAACGGAGGGAGAACAGUUUGCCAGAAAUUGUCCCAGUGACAGGUUCCUUCUACCAUACUGUCCUUGAUCUACCAGACAGCAAGAGAAAGUUAUCCACCAAAUCUAAGACAUGGAAAUCAAUAUUCAACCUGGGCCGGUCUGGCUCAGAAGCCAAGACUAAACUGAGCCGAAAUGGGAGUGUGUUUGUACGAGGACAGAAGCUAUCUGAAAAAGUGACCAUUCGACCAGCUAAAAGCAUGGACUCACUGUGUUCAAUUCCAGUAGAAGGAGAAGAUGAGAAAGGCCAUUUCAAGCAUACAGUCAUAGCUGGAGGGUUUUUCGUUCCAAUGAUGAAACCACGGAUGGGAGGCCUAAACAACUCAUCUGAUGUCACCAAACAGGAGAUAGAAUGGGAUGCAAAGGGUGAUGUGAAAGGAGCAGAGGGAGGGACAGAGGACAAUGGAGAGAAUAGUGCUUCUCGACCUCCCCAACUGAGGCCACUUCCAGAACAGUUGAAAGUGUUCCGGGCCAUAGAAGACCCUGAGAGUGAGCAAACCUCCCCAAAGAUGUGUCGCGUGUUCUAUACUUCCAAUGAUGGGACAACCAAAUCAGGAUUCCAUGGGACUCUGUUCCCCCUGGAAGCCUCUCCCCGGCACCAACGGAAAGCCUUGAACAUAUCAGAGCCCUUUGCUGUCUCUGUACCUCUUCGAGUGUCUGCUGUCAUCAGUAUCAACAGCACCCCCUGCCGCUCACCAGCAAAAGAUAAGCCUGCUUUUCCUAGCCUGCAAGAAUCUUCUUUCUUGGGGCAGGACAGUGGUGCUUCUACAGCCACAGAAGGAGAAGACCGUGCCAAGUCAGAGCAUACCAGAAUCAAGGAGGAAAAGAAGCCUGAGUCCAAAGUGGCAGCAGCAGAUUCUGCUGCUGAGGAACCUGAAAUAGUCAGGAAGCUGGAGUCUAUAAGUGAUGCACUGCCUGCCUCAGAAACUCAGGAGACCAGGAGUGGUUGGAGCAAUGGCAGCCAAGCUCCUCAGGCAAAACAGAACCUGGAACAGAAAUCACUGGUCAAGCUUCCAGCAAGCCCACAGGAGGCAGACAAAGCAAGUCAUGGCCAGGCAGAGCAAGAUUGCCAGGAACAGAAAGCGCUGAGGGACAAAGUGGAAGACACCUUGCACAUAAAGAAGCAGGGUUAUGAUGAUCAUUCCAGUGCUGCAGUGGAACCCCUGUGGCAAGAUGUUCAACAAGAACUGAAAAUUGUUGAAUCUGAAGAGGAGAUGUCAUCCACUGCAACUGCUACAGAAAAAGUCAAACAACGAUGGGAACCUAAACCUAGUCCUCCAUUGAUUUUACCUACAGAAGCAGACAGUGCAGUGUGUGGUUCUGUGCUCCCUCUCACAGCACCAAAGGAAGAAAACAUAGCCAGAAACACACCAACUGUACCUCACUUUCCUUUGUUUGGCAUUUCCUCCAAAGGAUCAAAGGACUCUCUGGUUUGUAACUCUGAAGUGCUCGGAAAUCAGGAUGAUGCUUCUUCUACCUUACCAAAACUGGAAAAUACCCCAUGUGGGGUAGCUUGUCCAAAGGUUUGUUUGAAAGAUGAGGACUCCAGGAGUGACUUUUCACUUCUGGCCCAUGAACAGAAGCUUCCAUCAAAACCACUAGAAAGAACAGCUCUUUUGAGAGAUGAGUCAUCAUCGCAUCCCAAAGAAGAGCAUUUAGAUGAACCAGAGUGUGAAAGUAACAGCUGCAUUCUUCAAAAGGAGAAGGAAGGAACAGUGGUGACCCAGGCACAAGAAAGUGAUAAAGAGUUUUCAGAGAGAAGAGAUCUGGCCAGUUCAAAGACCUUAACUGGAGUUGGAUCCCACCAGCUGAAGGAAGGCAGAAUAAGUGAUCAAGCCCAAGAUUCUCUUGAUCAGCAGGAUGAUGAUUUAUGGGUGGAUCAUGUCCAGAGCUUAGAGUUGGUGGAGCCAUGGGAAGAUCACCAGUGGGUCACCAGUCCUCUUCAUUCACCUACAUUCAAAGACACUCAAGGGAAGGAGGAGUUUCACCCACAGAGCCAAGGAGUAGCCCAGAGCCACUCCAAGAAGCCAUGUUUCAAUCGUAGCUUUUCUUUAGACAGUAAAGACUUUGUGAAGAGGCACUGGGGUAUUCCAGUGCCUUUUCUAAGUGCCAGUGAGGAGCAUUUUUGUAGUGACACACAGUCAGGAGUGAAGAAACCUUCAGAGAUGCAGCAGGGAGGAAUGGACAGAGUAGAAGCCUGGCUGAAUCUUUCAGAGGAAUCUUCUAAACUGGUUGAGAAUAUCCAGAAACCUUUGAGCCAUGAAGCAGGCUUUGCAGCUAUAGAAUUGCCAUCCCCUCACCCUGUUGCUCAUAAAGAGUCAGUUGAGAAGGAUGUGUAUGAGGGCAAAGAAAACCAAGAUGUCAUGAAUCAUCUGGAGUCCACCUUACCUCAUUUUAAUACGGGGGAUGGUUUAUUAAAUUCAAAUGGACUAUUGGAAGACACACUCUUCAUUCAACAGGCUGAUAGCUCUGCACCUAUUGUCAUGAAGGACAGCACUAAAGACUCACAAGACAGUAAAAGUGAAGACAUCCCACGGAAAGAGAGACCAAGGCCUUCUUCCCUCAAUCUGGAUUCUGUCCUUCCGGCUGCCAGCCUUUUUAAGUUUGAGAGUCUUUCUGUGCCUACUCCUCCCAAACAUUUCCUCUCUGGACAAAAGGAAGUUAAAACUAGUGAUUCUGUGCCAUCACUUCCUGUUGCCUGUCCAAACAAGACUAAAGCUGACCUUUGGGGUUCUCGUUUUGAUCCUCAAGAACUAGAUUUAGACUACAUAAUGAUGGCUCAUGCUACCACUGGCCGACGUAACUCUGCUCCAGUGAGUGUCUCAGCAGUGAGAACCUCUUUCAUGGUUAAGAUGUGCCAGGCUAGAGCUGUGCCAGUUAUUCCACCUAAGAUUCAGUAUACCCAGGUCCCCCAGCCCCUACAGACACAGAACCCCAAUUGUAGGAUCCAGUUGACACCUGAGAAUAAAGAAGUAGAAGCCAGCAUAAGCCAAUGCCAGUCAAAACAAAAUGCUCAGGGCCAGCUGCAGCCCUCAACGAGUCCACCUAUAGAUAGGAAGGGCAAAGAAAACAACCAUGUAACAUUUGUGGAUUUAACAGCAACCAGAAAGGUAGAGCCAUCCUUUUCCAAUCAUAACUCUUCACAGGAUGUACCAGUUCUUCGUCGAAAGCGCACCUCUGAAGGAGAGAAUACAGGAGAUAAUCCACAGUCCUCAAAAAUGGAGAGGCCUUCAGGAGUUUCCAAGCCUUUGUACAGAUCAAGGCCCGGAAGACCUCAGAGCCUUAUCCUGUUUAGUCCACCAUUCCCAAUCAUGGACCAUCCCUCUUCCUCUGCAGACUCCAGGGUGUUGCUUUCACCCAUAAGAAGCCCCUCACAGACCCCUUCUCCAAGCCCAAUAUCCAGUGAUUUGUCAGUAACAGUCUCAGAGGGGGUUACUCUUCGGAAUAAGAUGACAAUUCCCAAGAAUGGCCAAAGACUAGAGACUUCCACAAGCUGUUUUUACCAACCUCAAAGAAGGUCUGUGAUUCUGGAUGGGAGAAGUGGGAGGCAGAUUGAAUAAUACCUAUUGAUUACCUUCCCUGCUCUUCCCUGGUGGAUGAGAUUGGGGUGGGGGUGUGACAUGGAGAACUAUGAUCAUUAUGUUAUUAUUAAACACAUAUUAGCCCCCAAAUACUUAUUUGUCAACUCCAACAGUCCUUUACUUUGUAGAUUGUCAUUGUUAAAUGAUAGGAAAUUAAUUUGGUUUGGUUUGGAGCCCACCUUGGCAAAAGGUGUACAAGUAAAAUGCCAAGAGAAAAGCUGAAGUCAAUCCUGGUUUCCUUGACCAAGGUUCCCCCCUUCCAGACUCACAUUCUACAUCUUCCCAGCAACAUACAGGAAUCAUCUCAGCAAAUUAUAGUUGGCUACAUUUCCAUUGCUCUCCAUGUUCCACAGCCUUCCUAUUGGUUUUGAUUUAUCAUAUUCCCCAGGAUUCCAGAUUACAAUGGUAACAGAAGCCUGUAGGCUUUGAACUCUCCUUGUUAUGAAGAGACUUAUGAGGACCGUUGUAAUGUGCAAAACAGGUUGGUAUAAGAGGAAUGUUGAUGUAAUUGAACUAACACCUAUGUUGAUGUCUUGGUCUUGCCAGCAAGUAGCUCUUUCUUGUCCUAUUCCCAUAGCAUCUGUUUCUCCAUCAUGUUGAAUAAUUUAGUGUUAACUAUAGAGGUUUUAUAUUAAUUGCUAUAGGAGACUGAACAAAUAGCCAUGUAAGCUACCUCUUCUUUUAGAGGUCGGUAACAUUAGAGAUGACACACCAGGGACUAGACCCACUGCUGAUCCUAUUGAUUCUCUCCCCAGUUCACUGCUUGGUUCAUUUUUCUUUCUGCACUAUCAGGCCCAGGUUUGGUAGCUGUUGAAUGGAUUGAUGGACAGAGCAGUCACAAUAAGCUACAAACAAUUGUAUUAUCUGUAUUUGUAUUUU